GCGGCUGUGAUUCCGCCACCGCCGUGCGCGUUUCUGUUUCUACGAGAGGUGGGCGAACGGGUGCGAGAGCGCGGGGGAGGAGUCGAGCGGUGAGCGUCCCGUGAGCGCCGCCACUUCCCCCAGGACUCCGCUGGAGCGCGGAGCCCCCUGCAGGGGAGGAGGCGAGCGGCGAGCUGGACGCAGCCGCGGGCGCUUACCAUGCAGUCGCCGCCGGGCCAGCGCCGGCUGCUCGCGGUGCUGUGAGGCGGGCGGAAUCCUCCGGCCGCCUCAUCCAGCCUUUCUCCUGCUCAGGUGCUGCCAGGCGUGCUCGCUUUCUGUCUGGCUCCCGGACCCGGGAGGAACGCACGGCCUGCCCCUGCCCUGCUCUGUCUGGAUCAUGCGGGGGGCCCCCGAGGAGGAGAGGACGAGUGACCGGCCUGCGCCGCCCAUGUUCUGGGGGCGCCUCCCUCUCUGAGACGCCCCCACCUGCUGCCAUGUGCCGCCACCACGGAUACCCAGCCUGUCGCUAAACUUUCCCGGCGCCAGCCAGGCUCUGAGUCACAUUUCCGAGUGGAGUGUCCCGGGGUCGGAGGACCCAGGCUGGCUGCGGACUAUCUGCUCCUCUCGGCGGGAUCCCGUGGAGAGUCCUUUCCCUGGAAUUGAAGCUCUAGCCGUCCCUCCCCAGCCCUAUGCACCGAGGACCUGAGCGCUGCCAGCGGAGGCAGCGCAUUCCCGAAGCAGUUUAUCUUUGGACGGAUUUCUUUAAAUAAGGAAAAAGAAACCAACAGGUUGCCAGCUCCGGCGCCACACACCGGACGCCGGAGGGGGAAGCCCGACUGGGAUUCCUCUGCCUGCGUCUGCCCCUCUCUGGCUGCUGGAGGCGAGGGGAGGAGGGGGCGAUGGCUCGGCCUGACCCGUCCGCACCGCCCUCGCUGCUGGUGCUGCUCCUGGCGCAGCUGGCGGGCCGGGCGGCAGCCGCCUCCAAAGCCCCAGUGUGCCAGGAAAUCACGGUGCCCAUGUGCCGUGGCAUCGGCUACAACCUGACGCACAUGCCCAACCAGUUCAACCACGACACGCAGGACGAGGCGGGCCUGGAGGUGCACCAGUUCUGGCCGCUGGUGGAGAUCCACUGCUCGCCCGACUUGCGCUUCUUCCUGUGCUCCAUGUACACGCCCAUCUGCCUGCCUGACUACCACAAGCCGCUGCCGCCCUGCCGCUCCGUGUGCGAGCGCGCCAAGGCCGGCUGCUCGCCGCUCAUGCGCCAGUACGGCUUCGCCUGGCCCGAGCGCAUGAGCUGCGAUCGCCUUCCGGUGCUGGGCCGCGACGCUGAGGUCCUGUGCAUGGAUUAUAACCGCAGCGAGGCCACCACGGCACCCCCCAAGCCCUUCCCAGCCAAGCCCACCCUCCCAGGCCCGCCCGGGGCGCCCGCCUCAGGGGCCGAGUGCGCCGCCGGGGGCCCGUCGGUGUGCAAGUGCCGCGAGCCUUUCGUGCCCAUCCUGAAGGAAUCACACCCGCUCUACAACAAGGUGCGGACGGGCCAGGUGCCUAACUGCGCUGUCCCCUGCUACCAGCCGUCCUUCAGCCCGGACGAGCGCACGUUCGCCACCUUCUGGAUCGGCCUGUGGUCGGUGUUGUGCUUCAUCUCCACGUCCACCACUGUGGCCACCUUCCUUAUCGACAUGGAACGUUUCCGCUACCCUGAGCGCCCCAUCAUCUUCCUGUCAGCCUGCUACCUGUGCGUGUCGCUCGGCUUCCUGGUGCGCCUGGUCGUGGGCCAUGCCAGCGUCGCCUGCAGCCGCGAGCACAGCCACAUACACUACGAGACGACAGGCCCCGCGCUGUGCACCGUCGUCUUCCUGCUGGUCUACUUCUUCGGCAUGGCUAGCUCCAUCUGGUGGGUCAUCUUGUCGCUCACCUGGUUCUUGGCUGCUGGAAUGAAGUGGGGCAACGAGGCCAUCGCUGGCUAUGCGCAGUACUUCCACCUGGCUGCAUGGCUCAUCCCCAGCGUCAAGUCCAUAACGGCGCUGGCUCUGAGCUCCGUGGAUGGGGACCCUGUGGCCGGCAUCUGCUACGUGGGCAACCAGAACCUGAACUCACUGCGCGGCUUCGUGUUGGGCCCACUGGUGCUCUACCUGCUGGUGGGCACACUCUUCCUCCUGGCGGGCUUCGUGUCGCUCUUCCGCAUCCGUAGUGUCAUCAAGCAGGGCGGCACCAAGACCGACAAGCUGGAGAAACUCAUGAUCCGCAUCGGCAUCUUCACGCUGCUCUACACGGUGCCGGCCAGCAUCGUGGUGGCCUGCUACCUGUACGAGCAGCACUACCGCGAGAGCUGGGAGGCGGCGCUCAUCUGCGCGUGCCCGGGCCCCGACGCCGGCCAGCCGCGCGCCAAGCCCGAGUACUGGGUGCUCAUGCUCAAGUACUUCAUGUGCCUCGUGGUGGGCAUCACGUCCGGCGUCUGGAUCUGGUCCGGCAAGACAGUGGAGUCCUGGCGGCGCUUCACCAGCCGCUGCUGCUGCCGCCCGCGGCGGGGACACAAGAGCGGCGGCGCGAUGACUGCGGGGGACUACUCCGAGGCGAGCGCGGCGCUCACGGGCAGGACCGGGCCUCCGGGCCCCGCCGCCGCCUACCACAAGCAGGUGUCCCUGUCGCAUGUGUAGGAGGCCGCGGCCGGCCGAGGGACCUGGGCUAGGACGCUGACGGGAGGGGAUGUUUUGUUGAUAGUUUUGCCAAGGUCACGUACGUUUACUUCAAGGUGCUGAUGCCCCCUCCCGGGGCAACGUGGAGAGAGGGAAACCGGGCGGUUUCGAGGGAAACCUGUCCCAGUUCUCAGAGGGGCUCAGCUCACGUGUAUUCUAUUUUGCGUUUCUUACUACCUUACUUAAGGGAACCCUCUUUUUAAUUUAUAUGUAUUUUUUCUUAAUUUGCAACUUUGUUGCAUUUUGGCAACAAAAUUUACUUUUGCUUUGGGGGCUUUACAAUCCUAAAGCUGGCAUUGUAAGGAAGUUCCACUUAGUUCAGGUUACUUUGAGCUGUAUGGUCUAAAUUGGGAAAAUGUUAUUUCCUAUACCUGUGUCUUUUUCAAAAAUGUGAACAGUGAAAGUUUGGGUUGCUGUGACUGGUACUAGCCUCUCCUUCCAUUGCCCACAUGCAUAGCGAGCUGCUGUUUAUGGCCCCAAGUCAUACCAAGGAGGGGGAUCAUAAUGUGGUUAGGGCCUCCCCAAAGUGACAAGGUUAGGGGAGUGCUUAGUUUUGUUUUCAUCCUUAGCUCUGUUUAGGGAGCUUUGGCUUUUUCCUUGUAGUUCUUGUAAUUAAUUAUUCUCAUUCUUAGCAGCACAAGCCAUUGUGUCUUGAAUAAGUUAAAGGUAGCAUUAUCAAGUGUCUGGUAUAAAUAUUUGCAGUGUGAGAACCUAAGGGAUGGUGAUUGAUUGAGCUUGAAUUCUAGACUGGUGAGAUGGCAGCUGUGUGCCCGGGAGGGAGUGGGUGGUUCUUAAUAGGCUUCAGUGAUCCCUACUUUUUCUUUUUAAAAAAGGAAUUUGUGUUAUAAUUUUAAUUGAAGUAUAUGCCCACUCUCUUCUUCUGGAAGUACUUAGAGAUAGUUAGGAGUUCCUUUUUAGAUGUAAGGACUAAAAUGGAUAUACUUCCAGUAAUUAAAGUAAAUUUCCUACACUUAUCUGCUCCACCCCCACCCCCCAGCUCCACCUCCUUUAUCAUGUUAAACAGUCGUUUUUGCUUUUCUUAUUCCUCUUCUCCUGGAGUGCGGUGAUUAGAAACCACAUCCACCCUUGAAUGAAGUACUUGCACUGGGGGAGGGAGGCUGGCUACCUGUGAAUAAACAUUGGCUGCACUGAGGGAAAAUAAGUGUCCCUGGACUUUGAACUAGUUUAUAGCCCAAUACUCUUAAAAGCAGCAGGACAUUGCUCUCAAAACAAAUGAGACCCCUAACCUGCUUGUGUAAGAUUUUAAAAUAUGGAUCAGUGUAGUAAUGCCAUCACAGAGACAGAAGCCCCCUUUCCCACUCCAUCUCCAUAUUUUUCUUUUCCUUCUCUUCUGUGAAGGCCUCUGUAUGUUGAUCACACACACACACAAACACUUCUUUGCUAUUAGAGAAUUGAGUUUGCUUUUCUAAUCUGUUUAACCUUUCCUUCAUUCAUGUAUGAAAGCCUAUAUAUUGAUGAAUAAUACACACAUACACACAGAGGUUUCUUUGCUAUUAGAAAAUUCUGUUUGCUUUUCUAAUCUGUUUAACCAUUCUUUCAUGAAGAGUCUGAGGCCAUUCCUGGGGGAAGGAGGAGCAGUGACAGCCAGCAAAAUACCAAGUUCGACUGGGGACUAAAUUUACAAAACUAAAAUGGCCAAAGCAAUUAAAAUUUGAGAAAACCUCCCUAGACAUUUGCACUUCAUUUAUACCAAAAUUGGGAAAAUAAAAUUUAAGCCUAGUUCAAGUUUUUGGAUAUUAAGUAGACAAAGGCGCAGAUUCCCAUAGGGAAUUUAAACACUUGCCGGUGGGUGAAACCUUCUAUUAUAGUUUUAAGGACUCUCAAAAGCUGUUCACAUUUAUAAAAAUGCACUACUCUUACACAACUUAUCCUCUGAAUCAAAACUAAAAUGUCAGUGGAUUUGACAAAGCCUAGUACACAUAGCUACAGAACUUUGUGCCUAUCUUUCUUUUCUGUUUAUUCUAGGAAGAAGCCUCUUCCUAGAAUCUUGAAAAAGAUCCCCUGUUUGAGUACCAGUUCCUCUUCUGUUUUUCAAAUGACCUUUUCUGAUGACCUUGAACUUGUCUUUCAUUUGUCUUCCCAGAAUGCCUUCAGUCAUCCUGCCUAAUUUGGGUUGCCCCCCACUUCCUUCCUUUUCUUUUGGAGAAAUCUAGAAGUGAUGGGCAGGGUACCCAAAAGUUGAGCGAUGAAGUGGAUGAAAGUGAUUUAUUUCAUGUUUUAAAAAAUUGGUUUUUCAUUUUAGCAACAUGCUAAACCUAAAAACAACAGCUAACUUGCUUAAGAAAUAAGAGUUGGAACAAAAGAUGCUAAGGCCAAGGGGAGGCAAUGUAAGGGAUGCUCUUUGGGGUCUAGUUCCAGGCCAGCUUGCAGAGGCACACUUUGUUUCAUCUCUAUUCUCAACCUUCACCUCCUUCUCUCUUCCCUCAUCCCCUAAAAAAAAAGAGACAAAGCCUACCUGUUUCCCUAAAGUCUUACUCAAGUCAGCCACCCCAGGGGAGAAAAACUGCACCUAUUUAUGGCCAUCCCCUAUUUUCAUCCAUAUACUUACUUUCCCCUGAUUUGCAUUUUAUUAUGAGAACAAACCAUACUUAGGGAAACAAUUGUAAAAUGAAAGGUUAUUGGGUAGUUCAGCAGCUUUUUCACAGCUAGCCUUAAAUUGGGGAGGACUUCAGGCCCAGUCUAGUCUUUUAGGUACAGCUUCAGGAUGUCCCGUGCACAGUUCAGUGUCAAGCAAUGUCUGCAUAUAUUUGGGGGUUAGUAUACAGAUAGGUAUCUCAAAAACUACUGAGACCGCUCAGUGAGUCCAGAUUUUGGAAAGUCGUUUAAAUUUAUAUUCUUUCCCUCCUCACAUUUCGAACUUGUCUAAAUUGGCUGGAAAUAAUUUUUCUUGGUGCCUUAUUGGUUUAUCCUUGCAAACCUUUGUCAGAUUUUCACAUGACCAUUACCAGUGAUCAGGGCCUGUGCGUAUGUGUCGUGUGUAAUUGUGUGCAAGUACAAGCUUAAAUAACGUGCCGACAGCACUGUUUCAAAAUUGGUAUUCAUUAGGCUGUUCCCUCCUGGGCCAGGGCUGCACUAAUCCUGACACUGGCUGCCAGGAGACAACCUCAUGGAUCACACACCAAACCUUAACAGCAGCAUCCCUGACCCGUACUCUCCAGCACAGAAUGGAACCCCAGAGCUAGGAAACAGAGUUGUAUAUUUUAAUGAACUGCUACCCCUGCUAAAGCAGCUUCUUUCCCUUUUGUGCUCUACAGAAAGACCAAAGGGGGGCGGGAGGGACAAAGCUUUGAAUAACUGCUUUCUAACACUGAAUGUGGCAAACAGACAGAGAACAUCACAAAUGUAGGCAGAUGUGCGGGACAGUGGCUCAGAAUCGCCUGCUCCCUCUGCAUGCCCUUUCUUGUCUCCAAAGUCCAAUCAAGUGAUCCUGGGAAAGAAAUCUGCCUGGGUUAGGGAGGAUGGUUCUGGAGGAAAACAUUACCAAGACAUUAAAGAAGGAAGAAAGGUAGGCAGGAUCUAAGUAACCUGACUCAAAAUUCUUUAAAGCUUCUAGCAGCUUGAUGUCAAUUGCAGGAUUUAUUUCCGCCAGGAUAAUGUCUUGUUUGUGCCACAUCAUUUUAAGACAAUAUUACUUCAUGUUGUUACAAACUGUAUAGUAUGUAUGUUUUGUGGAGGUGUGUAUACAUAAUAUAUAUUAUAUAUAUGAGAAAUUUAGUGACUUUUGAUACGGGUCUGGUGCAGGUGAAUUUAUUACUGAGCCAAAUGAGGCACAUAACGAGUCAAUAGUUCAAGUCCAGGGCAUUCAGUACUUUGUAUGAUUUCUGUAUAUGUGUAGUGCCUGUCCCAUGCAGUAUAGUCACUAUCACAUUAAAUCCAGAACUUAGAAAUCAGAACCAGCGACAUUUUAUUUGUAGACAAUCAACUUGAAUCUAUAAAUUAUUACUGGCAGAUUGAUUAUAAAUCUGAACCCAUAACACUAACAAAAGCAAACCCAGAGCAUCAGCUACUCGGGAGGCUUAGGCAAGAGAAUGGCUUAAUCCCAGGAGUUGGAGGUUGCUGUGAGCUGUGUGAGGCCACGGCACUCUACCGAGGGCCAUAAAGUGAGACUCUGUCUCUACAAAAAAAAAAAAAAAAAUACAAACCCAGAGCAUCUUGAUAAGAAGUUUUUGUUUUUGUUUUGUUCCUGGGAGUCAGUAGAACAGCAGUUAUAUGUGGUUAUGUUAGUCUCAAGAUACUUAAUUUGUUGACAUUAUUUCAGAAAAAAUUUGUAUGUAUUAUAUUUGUGGGAAGGUAAAAUAAUAAUGGUUUGAGAUUUUUAUCAAAUAUGGAGAUUGGUUAUUUAUGAAAAACAAAGAAAUGUCUAUUUUUGUUUCUUUGUUCCCAAUUAAUGUAGAUAAAUUUUAAAAUGCAUUAAAGCAAUGGUAAAGAAAAUAAAAAGAUGCCGUA